AUGGAAAAUGUCCGUAAAAGUAAGGAAACGGCCGAAGAUUUAUUCUUCAAGUUUAUGGACGCUCAAGACUGUCCAGAAAUAACGAGCACCUUUCGAGAACUUGUCAAGCUUCUUGGAAUCAAAGCGGACAAUCCGCGCGAGUUUUAUUCGCAGCUUAAAGGAAAACUUCAAUCGUGGAGGUGCAAAUCACUGUGGGAACUGUUAGACAGUCGGGCUAAUCAGAAGGAGUAUGGAAAAGGAAAAAUAUGCGAAGACACUCAUGUGUUAGUCAUCGGCGCAGGUCCUAUCGGCUUGAGAACUGCGAUUGAAGUCGCCUUGCUUGGAGCAAAAGUUGUGAUUGUGGAGAAGAGGGAAUCUUUUGUACGAAAUAAUGUCCUUCAUUUGUGGCCUUUCCUACUCACGGAUUUCCGUUCACUCGGUGCAAAGAAAUUCUACGGAAAAUUCUGUUCAGGUUCCAUCGAUCACAUCAAAGACUCCAGAAAUGCCAAACGUGAUAAAAUGAUGAAACAAUUGAAUACACUUGUCUCCUGA